AUGUAUUUGACUUUUUCUAUUGGACCUUCUGCACUGUGUGGUCAGAGGGAGUACUUCCUGGUUGACACAGUGAAGAAUGCGGACCAGGCCAGAGAACACUGCAGAUCUCUGUACACAGACCUGGUGAGCAUCACAAGCCAAGACGUGCUCCUGGAUAUCGAACAGCUGAUGAAUAAAGACACUUCCAAUAUUGACUACUGGAUAGGACUGAGGAGGGAUGGUGUGUCUUGGGGCUGGGGAAAUGGGGAAACCUUCAGCUACAGCAACUGGGGAGAGACAUGGAGCACUUCAGACUGUGUGACGCUCAAGACCUCUCAUUGGAAUUUUGGGGCAUGGCAGGUGAACAACUGCAAUGACAACAAGAAGUUCAUCUGCUACAAAGAUCUACAGAACCCCACCACUGUUCAGUCUGACUCUAAGAGCUCUCCAACCACCCGGCCAGCCUCUUCUCAAACACCAGAUGGAGGAGAACAAUCCCAGCAGCCUUCCACGAUGGGCGGCACCUCUCCUCGAGCCAGCUCCCCUGGACACUCAAGCUCCUGGCUCUCUGGCACUUCACCCGCAGUAACAGAUCCAAAACCCUCAAGCCCACCUUCUACACCGGUCUCUAAAGAUCCAAACCCCUCCGACCCUCCUUCAACUCCAGUCUCUAAAGAUCCAAACCCCUCAGACCCUCCUUCCACUCCAGGAUCUAAAGAUAACAUGGCAAUCAGAAGGGUCAAACUUACUGCACCAAAAGGAAUGAAUCUUGAAGACCCCAAAGUGAGCGAAGCCAUUUUAGAGCAGAUUCGGGAGCACCUCUCCCAGACGUUUCCGAUGGACGGCAUGAAGAUGCGCUGGAGAAAACAAGAUGGAGAGAUUUUCCAUAAGGAUGUGGGAGAGGAGGAGGAGGAAGAUGAGGAAGAUGAAGAGAAGUGCUCUGAUCCGUGAGAUACCAGGGUUUUGGGCUGUAUUGCCAAUAUAUAAACAAAUCAAUAUUCUAUUCUAUUCAAUUAGUGGAUGGAUUAAGGUAAAUAGAUUCAGUGGGAUUAAGGUUUAAUUUAGGCUUUUGAGUAUGCAUUUUAAUUGUAUGUUAGCAACUACAACUAGAUUUUAAAUAAGGUGUAUUGAGGAAACAGCACUGAUUUAUAUUGUGGAGAUGGGUGUAUUUCCAAGUGAUAAUUCCAAUAUAUACAACAUUUGUUAUUUGUAAUAUGAUUUAUAAUAAGAUUUUUUGGUUUUAUUUUAAUUUAUUGUAGGGUUAAUCAAUUGGUGCAACACUGAUUUAUAUUAAGGUGAUGGGUCUAAUUUUAAUUUAUAAUAAGUACAAUAUAUUACAUUAGUUACUAGUGCAACUCUGAUUUAUAAUAAGGAUUUAUGAUAAAGAUUUUUUACAUUCUAAAAAAUGUAGGGAUAAAAAAUAUACGCAGAGUGAUUACAAGUAGGUCAGUUUGCAAAGACAAGAUCGGAAAAAUGGACGACUUGCAUGUUGCUGUACAAUCCCAUAGGGGGCGCAAUAAAAAUUACUACGGGAGAGGGUGGAGACAAAAAUGAAUAAUGGAAUUAUUAAAGCUACACUUUAAGAACACCAGGUUUAAUUGCUUAUCAGAUACUGGCAGAUAAAGACCAUUCAUAUUUGCACUUGACUAUAAAAUGAAAGGAGUUUGACAGCUCUUGAUCUGAGCCUCUUCCACAAAUUUGCAGAAGUUCUGAGCAGGAGCUGCAAGGGAGCCUGGGUAAGCGAGACUAGUUGCCCUAUGCAGGGGUCAGUAACAUUGACCCUUCCAGUCCAGGUCUUUGUUCCAACCUUGUCCUUAAUCACUACCUGGAUGAAUGGCCCUCCAGGACUGGAGCUGCCUAUCGCAAUGGAAGCAAUCCUGCAGCAUAGUUUAAGAGUGGUGGCGCCCUCUGUGGGCUUUAUAAUCAGCCUGUAUUUAAAAAGAAACACCAGCAUGUAGAGUGAAAGGACAGCAGUGUUUAGAUCCACUGCUGUUUAUUAACCCAAUGUUGCAUGACAGUAAACUGAUAAACAAAUUAGAUAUAUUAGUCAAAAGAAAACCCAGCUAAAUGAACUGGGGAUAUUUUUGUUAUAAUUCAUACACACUGGACAAAAGCUUGAAAUGAUAAUGCAUUGAAGGAGAGUCAUGCAGCAUCAUUAAACGUUUAAAGUGAAAAUAAUCCAACAAGCACAAUUUAUUAUAAACACUUGUUCUGUUCACAAACACACAGUCAGGUGCGCCUGAUUCAAUGUGCAGUCUGCUGGACGCAAUGCAACAUGGGGUUAAAUCAUUAAGGCUAUGGUUAAGGGUUUGUCUGCUGUUUAUUAAUAUUAAUAUGUAAUGAGUAGUGAUAUAGAUUUUCUCAUUAUUCAUAUUCUGUACUUCUGACUGUAUUUUUUGCAAUAUUAUUUCAAUAAAGUUUUCAUUUCAA